AUGCAAAGGCUUUCUGACUCGCCAACGGGGACCUCUGCCCAUGAAGCAGCUGCUGUCGGCGGCGGCGGCGAUGUGGAUAUCGCGGGGGUGCAGGUGCUGGAGAGCAGCGUGGACUUCCUGUCGCUCUUCUACUGCCACCUCACUGCCUGUCCGCCGCACGGGCCGUUUGUCUACUACACCGCCAUGACGCUUCUAAGGCGUGCGAAGCGGCGGUAUGGCGCAAGCGGCGGCACCAGCAGCAGCGCCGCGGAUGCGGACAUCGGCAACGCUUAUGCGUCGUGGGGCAUCGACGCGAUGGGUCCGGACGGCGUAUCUGCGGUGCUCCGCGCGCUGACGAUCCCGAAUGUGAUAGCACUGAUCGAGAAGCGCUAUGACACGUCGCACUUGUCCAGUUGGCCGCUACUGUACGUGCCCGCAGAGAUACGCGCCGCGGAUGUGAACGCUUUGAUGCGGCAGUCACAGCAGAGGUAG